AUGCUGCAGGGAAACAAGGGCUCCGUGUACGUGGACGGCGUGCUUGUGGGGAAUACUAACAAACUACCACCCCUUAAGUCACGGAGGCAUGAUAUCUCUCAUUUUUACUUUGGCGGCGGCGAAAACAGCAGUGUGACAGUAAAGAACGUCUUUUUGUACAACCGCCCACUAAGUGAAGAUGAACUCAAAGCAGUUGACCAGUCUGAUGUAUCUUGGAAAAGUGCAGGUGACAGCUCCACGCUUGCGGAUGUGUCUCGGCUGCUACUUUUGCUGUUUGUGGGGCUGUGGGGCUUUGCGGCCCUGUGCUGA